AUGGGAAGGCCGUUGCCUGACCUUCUGCGUAGACUCCCCGAACAGAGCAUGGCCCCGUUUGUAUUAGAGGCAAAAGAGGUAGAAGCUGCACUGAAACAAGUAGAUCAGAACAAGGCCGCGGGGCCGGAUGGGCUGCGUCCAGCAAUACUGCGGCCCAUUGCUGACAUUAUUGCAGGUGAGCUUACUCAGCUUUACAACCGAUCCCUUGCCUCUGCAACGCUGCCGGCCGACUGGACCACGGCAGAAGUGGUUCCAAUCCACAAGGGUGGAUCAAGGGCGGCUGCAUUGAAUUAUCGUCCAGCAAGCCUGCUUUCGGUUGUCCUGAAAACCUUCGAGGGGUUCCUCAGGGAGAAAGUCACCAUUGAGGCUAAACUGAGUCAUCUGCGCCCAAACCUAUCUCCGGGUCCGGAUAACAUACCGGCGGUACUCCUCCUAGCGGCGACAGACGAUUGGACUAAAGAGGCAGAUAUGGGGAACAGCGUGGACUUCUCCAAGGACUUUGACAAAGUACCGCAUUGA